AUGAAAAUAUUUGUUAAACAAGUUUAUACGGCGGCAGCCUGUAAUCGGACCCCCGAAAUUGUUGACUGGAAUAAAGCUGGACUGAUGUGUUUUGGAGCAUGUAAUGCUGUGGUCAUUUAUGAUACGAAAAUUAAGGGUAGAGAUCCGCUUGCUAUAUUAGCUCACCAUGGAGGAAGAGUAAAUUCAGUUAAAUGGCUUACAAAGCCAGAUGGCACAUGUAAUGAGCUAAUAUCAGCAUCUGCAGACAAGACUGCUGUGAUCUGGACCUUAGUUGAUGAUGUAUGGAAAGUCACAAGUGUAUUAAAGGGCCAUUCUGAUGGAAUAACAUGUGUCUAUGGCAUGUACACUGGUGGAAAUGAUCUCUUUGUAUUUACCUCAUCUGUUGACUCAACUGUUAAGGUUUGGGAGCGAUCAAAUGACACAGUAACUCUAAAACAAUCAAUAAACUUGAAUUCCGGUCUGUGUCUCACACUACAUGCUCAGAUGCUGCCAGUAGUUAACAAGCCAAUUCUUUUCUUGGGUCUGGAUGAUAAUAAGAUUCAUGUGUUUGCUUUAAAUGGUGAAUAUCAUAGAGUUGACGUAUUGGUUGGACAUGAAGAUUGGGUUCGUGGAUUGGACAGCAUAAUUGAAGACAACAAUAUAAUGCUGGCGUCAGCAUCUCAAGACACAUAUAUUCGUAUUUGGCGCAUCGAAAGAUAUGUCAAAGAGUCGUCUCCAGUAACUGGCAUCAAGGUGGAACAAAAAGUGUUUGACGCAUACGAUGUCAUAUGGAGUGUGAAGUUAGAAGCUGUGCUUGCCGGACAUGAAGGCUGGGUAUAUGGAGUGCAAUGGGAUAGUUUUAGUGAGAAAGAUAAUAAACAACCUAUCCAACGUCUUCUAUCGUCCUCUUUGGACAAAACCAUCAUAAUAUGGGAGCCAGAAGCCAAUGGGGCUUGGGUUGAAAAGAUACGAGUGGGGGAAGUGGGUGGAAAUGGUCUCGGGUUCUACGGCAGCCGGUUUGGUCCAGGUGCCUUUAUGGGCCACGGCUACAAUGGUUCAUUUCACAUUUGGAAGUUGGAUAAAACUCUGAAGACGUGUGAAUCAAGUUUGGCAUUGAGUGGGCAUUUUAGUGGCGUAGAAGAUGUACAGUGGGAGGGCCGCGGCCGAUAUCUACUCAGCGCAAGUAUGGACCAGACGGCUAGGCUUCAUGCUCCGUGGAAACUUGGCCAUGGAAUAGUAGAAUGGCACGAAAUAGCUCGUCCGCAAAUACACGGCUAUGACAUGUGUUCCUUGGCGCCUAUCCGCGCUGGAGUCUAUGCUUCCGCUGCUGAAGAGAAAGUGAUUCGGGUGUUCCAAGCGCCAAACAACUUUGUUACCAACUUCAAAAAUAUUACCAGCCAAGAGUUGGAGAUGGAUGAUUUAGGACCGGAAGGUGCUUCAGUCCCAUCUUUAGGGCUGUCAAACAAAGCCGUGUUCAGUGGAGAUGAUAUGACAGAUGCUGAUGUUGAUAAAGAUGGUUAUUUCACAGCCAUUGAACUGCACGAGCCGCCCACAGAAGAGACGUUAAUGCAGAAUACUCUAUGGCCCGAAUCUCAUAAACUUUAUGGACACGGAUAUGAAGUGUUCUGCGUUUGCGCAAGUCCGGAUGGCACUCUGCUUGCAUCUUCGUGUAAGGCUAACACAGCACAGCAUGCGGCAGUGCUUAUUUGGGAUACGAAAACAUGGCAACAAAUACAUAAGCUAGUAUCACAUCAGCUAACAGUAACGCAAUUGGCAUUUUCACCUGACUCGCAGCACCUGCUGUCGGUGUCCAGAGAUAGAAGGUGGACUUUAUUUAAAAGGGAUGAAAAUUCUAACAAGUUUGAAGUCGCGGCCUGCACAGAUAAAACGAAUGGCGUGCAUUCGAGAAUUAUUUGGUGCUGCGCAUGGUUCAGUGAAGGGGUUGGAUUCGGUACUGGGUCCAGAGAUGGAAAGGUUUGUCUUUGGUCUAAAACCGACAGUACCAGUGACACUACACUUAAAAACUAUGCUCUUCUUGGAAAACCCCUAGAACUAGAGAUAUCGGUGACUGCCAUCGCUUUUGCACCUGAAAAAAUCAAAAUUGUCGCAGUUGGGCUGGAGACUGGGUGUAUACAGAUUUUUAAACAUGAAGACAGUUGGACCACGCUACAUCAAUUGGACAAUAGUGCGGCUCACCAUCUAACAGUGAAGCGUUUGACGUUCAAACCGAAGACGAAGGAAGACAAUAAACACGAAUUACUUCUCGCGAGCUGCGGCAGUGAUCACUUCGUCAGAAUUCAUAGCAUCAAUUUAGACCCAACGCAAACAUAG